AUGGCCCUCCGCCAGCAACUUCCCCCACCCAUAGUCGUCAAUGCCAGGCAUGGCCAUGAGCAUACCCAUACCGUGGUCUUUCUACAUCGCUUCCCAGAAUCCACAACCGAUGAGGAGCUUCGGCGCAAAGUCUUGUCCGAAAAGUUGACCAAAAAUCACAAGACCUUACGUCGACAGUUUCCUUCAGUGCGUUGGGUGUUCCCAUUCGGAAAAGCUCAUGCUCGGCCGUGGAACAAUCUCUCGCCAGAUGACAGAAAGGCAGUUGGCAUGACAAUGGGAGCUGUUCCCUACAUCACUCAGAUUAUCCUUCGGGAGGCCAAACGUGCGGGAGGCCUUGAUCGAAUUAUUCUAGGUGGCCAGGGCGAGACUGCUGAGGCGGCGCACGAAGCCAUGUCGUCCUUCCCUGAGGGUGGGACUGACCUCCAUAGCGACCCCAAAGAGAUGUCUGCUUUCAUUAAAAGAAAUUAUCAUCUUACCUGGACUCAAUCCUCUCAAUUACGCCUUGGGGGCUUCGUGGGAAUGCAUCUUGAAGAUGGCCAACCGACUCGUGACGUCAAAACUUUGGCCCUGAUAUCGAAGGAAGCCAUAAGGCCACAAAAGAUCAGCAACAAUAUUAUCACUAAUACGCCACACAAGUUCAUCCACGGUGGAUACAAAAUACAAACCACAACUUGGGAUGGUGCACGGAUCGACCAAUUUGCCGAAUUCCUCGCCGGUAUUGGUGUCUUCCGCAUCCCAGAUAAGGAGCAGAAGAUCCAAGAAACGCUAGUACCAAAAGACCGAGCAAAGGUUAAGAAGUUUGACCCCAGGGAAGGACUCAAUGACGUACAAAAAUAUGCUCUUGAGGUAGCCGAGCAGAAAAAGCUAGACGCCUUACGGAAGGAAAAAGUACUGGUCCGCAUAGAGGCUGACAAGGUUGAGCGAAACAUCCUCCAGGAGAGGAAAAAGCAGCGACGGCUACAUGGCGGAGAGGUGGCUAACACUAGUUUCACGGGGUCUGUCAAUCGCCUUGGUUGA